AUGAAUCUCGAUGAUCCCGAUAUGGCCGUCGUGUGUGAUCCCGAUUUGUCACAACCUUCACCAAGUCGCAAAGGCCUUUCAGUUGAGACUGUUCUAGAAAAGCACGGAAGGAGUUCAGAAAUAGUCUCGCUGAGGAGAGCUAGAGCAUUGACGCAGCUUAUAAUCAGCCUGCCAGCGAUAAAACUUUAA